AUGACAUGCUACCUGACCAAAAUGAUGACCGGAAACUUGGUGUCAAUUUGGAACGCGGACGCCAAACGCGCGGCCUACCGAGUCACCAGCCGAGCGAUCGCUCUGUGCGGGGUGGACGAGUGGGCGGAUGGGAAGGUGAAAAUCUCCCGAACCGACUUUUGCUUUGGGUUUAUCCGAAGCUUGAUGGUUCGAGCCAAGUGCCCGGUCUGCUGUGACUACGACAGGCCCUUCGUGAUCUUUCCCUGUGGCCAUGGCGUCUGCGUCCAACACUUCCAGGAUUUGGGUGGCCGGCUGGAGCCCACGGCCCUCGUGGCGCCGACAUCGGCCCAGGAGCGUGUGGAGUUCACCGACACCGAUGGAGACCAGAUUGCGUUCCUGGUGAAUGCCCUGGGUGGCCUGGACUACCAAGUGAACGGCAGGCCGAAAGUGAACAGCCUGACUCGCUUGUUCUUGGAUGGCUGCACCCUCCACCUGGACGGCGCCAGCGCGGGCACCUGGCAGUCUGCAAGGCGCACCACUGUUCCGCGCUCGCAGGUGGCCAUGGCUUCGCAAGCGGUGGUGCUGUUCCAGGCUUGCGCCAGCGCGCGCGGCGGUUCUGGCGCCCAUGGCGCCCAUGGAUCGGAUCCCAUGGAGACCGUGGAGUAUGUGGACACUGAUGGAGACCAGAUUGCCUUCAUCAUCAAUGCAGCCGGAGGCAUGGACUACAUCGUGAAUGGCCGAAUCAAGGUCCGGAACUUGAGCGAGCUCCGCAUCGGAGGCAACACCAUCCACCUCAACGGCGAGUCAGCGGGCCGCUGGUCGUCCCGGAGGAGGCCGUCCUUCAGCGCGCCUUUUCCGGCGAAGUACUGGUUCACAGCUUGGUUCGAGGGGCUUUGGGGUAAGGUGCUGAGACGAUGUUCUGCAGCAGAUCUAUCUGAACGCCGGUCGCCCGAAGUUUCGAAGCGGCCGAAGUGCCGGCUGAUCUGCAGCAACGACCGCAAGGGUGAGGAUGCGCUGGCGGAGCGGGACAAGACACCUCUGAGUUAUGCUGAAGUUAUGCUGGUCUUUGCUGGCGCCAUCGAAGCUCGACCCUCGACCCGAAACUGGGUGGAAGUCGAGGACUUUGUCAAGAGGGCAGCGAGCCUCACCAAAGAGAUUGAGGAGAAGAAGAAGGAGCUCCAGGAACUGGAGGAGGCCAUCAAGACAGAUCUGAGUGGGAAGUGCUACCGGGCCACUGGCGACGGAGGCCUUAGUAUCGAGACAUCCUCCGUGAAGCAGGAUGUGCCGCCGGGGACGGGCCCAGUCCUGCAAUACCAGGACUAUGAGCAGCUGGUCCUCAAUAGCAACAAGGAGGGCAUGGACUUCCUCCGGCGGGGGCAGUUCAAACAAGCCUUCGAGCAGCUCAAGUACGCGGAAGCUGUAGUGCCGGCAGAAAAGAGCGAGGACGAGCCGACGAACUUGAUGUCGGUCACCUGCAACAACUUGGGCUGCUACUACAAGAAGGCGUGCGCAUACUGCUUCUGA